AUGAUGUUCAGGUUUCAAAACUAUGUCAAGGCAGCUUAUUUGAUCCCAUGUGGGCCUGCCCCAGGUGGGCCUCCCCUAGAGCUCCCGGAGCGCGCCCACCCCAGGCCCAGUGACCAAACCUUCCUCAACCGCCUGUUUGGGACAGAUGCUGCGUCCUUGAAGAAGGCCUACGAGUUGAUCAAAUCGGCCAACCUAGGGAAAUCGGAGUUUGACCCCUCAGAGAGCUUCAGCCCAGACCUGUUUGUUCUGUGUGCAGAGCAGGCCCUCAAGAUGGGGCAGCCAGAGGUGAGCGAGGACUGCAUCCAAAUGUACUUCAAGGUGAAGGCGCCCAUCACCCAGUUUCUGGGCCGAGCGCACCUGUGCAGGGCCCAGAUGUGUGCCCCAAAGUCGGCAGAAAACCUGGAGGAAUUUGAAAAUUGCGUGACUCAGUACAUGAAGGCCAUAAACUUUGCCAAAGGAGAACCGAGGUAUUACUUUUUGGUGUACAAUGCAUCAGUCCUCUACUGGCAGAUGGUGAGGCCGUUCCUUGAGCCUGGAUAUCGCCACCAUCUGAUCCCCAGCCUUUCCCAAAUUGUAAACGUGCUGAGUCAGACCGAGGAGGAAGACAAGGAGUGGCACGCCGAGCUGAUGCUGGAACUUCUCGAGUGUUAUCUGCAAGCCGGAAGAAAGGAGGAGGCUGCCAGGUUCUGCUCCACUGCAGCUCCGUUCAUCAAGUCUCACGUGCCGCAGAAAUACCGGCAGAUGUUCUCCGUUAUGGUUCGUCAUGAAUUAAUGGACGAACUUCAGUUAAAGGAAGAAAAGAAAAAUUCCAUUAGCCUGUCAGUCACUUUCUAUAUUAAUAUGCUAAAAGCGCUUCGGCGCAGCCCCGGGCCCCCAAGACGCCUGGCUGAGGCCUGGGUACCAGGUGCUGGGGGCCGGGACAAGGCCCCUGAAAAGGGCAAAGUCAGGACGGAUCCUGGGAAGCUGAUUGAAAUGGAAUGUCUGGAGUGUGAAUCAGAAGCUUUAAGACUUGAAAAUCAGAUGAAAAUGUACAUCCGAGCGGCUGUUGAGGCCCAGCUAGAUAUCAUACAGAGACUAAACGUCGCGCUGCAGCGAGCCGUCCGCCUGGGCGACCCCCGGGUCAUCCACGUGGUGUGCACCACGCAGUGGAACACCUGCCUGCCCCUGCUGCAGCACAACCUGCGGCACCACCUGCGGAAGCCCCUGGCCGACGUCGCGGAUGUGCUGGAGAAGGUGGACAGCCUCAUGACGCUGCUCCGCUGCCAAGUGCACAUGGAGAUGGCGCAGAUCGAGGAGGACGAGGACCGGCUGGAGCCUGCCAUGGAGCACCUCCGGAAAGCCGCGCGCCUGGACAGCCUGGGCCUCUACCAGGACAGGCUCCAGAUGGCCUCUACCCGGCUGCGCCUGUGCACCACACUAUACCAGGCCCCCGAGCGUGCAGAGGACAAGGCCAUCAUGGCCAUCGAGCAGGCAAAAAAAGCUACCCCAAAGGACAGCGUCAGGAAGAAGCGGGCCCUCCUGGUGAACGCAGGCCUGGCCUUAGCCCCCGACACGUUUCAGAUCGUGCUGGACAGUGAGAAUGAGGCCAAAGUCUCCACCGGGAAGAGCAGGGGCCGGUUCACCUACCUUUGUGCAAAGGCGCGGCAUCACAUCGUCAGUGUGGACAAAGCUGCUGGGCACCUGCGGCGCCUGGGCAACGAAAACAGCAAGGAGAGGAUACAGAUUUGGGCAGAGCUGGCCAAAGUGGCCCGGAAACAAGGCGUGUGGGACGUCUGUCGGACGGCGAGCCGCUUCUGCCUCCUGUAUGACAACGUCAAGGUGAAGAAGUCGAGGCUGCGGAGAGGGAGGAAGAGGCGAGGUAGGGACGGCUCGGUGCAGGACGCCACGGUUCAUUUGCUGCGGUCAGAAGGUGUAGAGCUGAAUGACCGGGCCAUCCCCCCAGAGGACCUGAGCCAGCACCCAGCCGGCUACGUGCCUGAGCCCCCGGAGGCGAAUGCCGAGUGGAUCACAUACAGAACCUGGGUGGAGAGUCUGUCCCAGUAUGCCAUGAAUAACUGGCUACGCUCCGCGGAGAUCGGACAGGAGAUCCAGGAGGCGUGGAUCGUACAGAACGCCGUGGUCUACGUCCUGAACCACAACCACCACCUAAUCCUGGCCGGGCGGCAGAAGGAGCUGGUGGACGCCCUGUACCACCUCCUGAGCAUCGUCAAGGCCACGGGCCACAGUGGGGACCCCGUGAUGCUGGUGACGCUCUGCAACACCUUGGCGCGAGGCCUGAUCAUCAGCUGGAUUCCAGUCCAGGCUGCUGAGAAGUCCAGGAAAUUCAUGCGACCAAACACGUUUCACAGCCCACUGGACGCAGGAGCCACCUCCGAGAUCAAAACAGCGGUGGAGGUCUGCGAGUUUGCCCUGAACCUGACCAAUGGGAGUGCGCCCGAGGAGACGGUGCCCACCAGCACCCGGCAGCAGCUCAUCGCCACCUGGGUCAAGGCCAAGCAGCUGCUACAGCAGCAGAUUGGGCCGCGGCUGGGCACCGAGGAGCAGGGCACCAACAAGGAUGUCAGCUCGGUGACCAGAGUCCUCGUUGCCUUGGAAAUGUACUCAUGCAACGGGCUGGGCCUCAUGGACUUCACUGUCCCCUCCCUGGCCCAGUUGGUGAAAAUGGCUUCUGAGUGCAACUGGUCGGACCCCCUGGUGGAGCUGCAGACCCUGACGCGGCUGACCCACUUCGCCUAUGCGGCACGUGACCAUGAGACCACCAUGGCCUGUGCUCACAGGGCUGUGGAAAUGGGCAUCAAGUACCUGAAGAUAUUUGGGCCCGAGGAGUCCCGGCUGGUGGCAGAGAUGCUGUGCACGGCCACGGGCAUCCAGGGCAGGAGCAUCAUGGAGAACCUGAAGGGCCGGAAGCAGCUGCGGCUGGUGGCAGCCAAGGCCUUCACGGAGAGCACCAGGUUUGGAGGCAUCGCGGGCAGCAGCACCCUGGUGAUGCUGGCUGCACGGCACUACUGGAACGCCUGGCUCCCGCUUCUGUCCUCAGCUGUCCACAGGAAGAAGGCCAAGGGUGCCCUGAAGAGGAUCAUUGGCAUCAUCAACAAGACAGAGGCCAGAAAGCAGGAGAAAGAGAAGACGCUGCUUCUGCACCAGUGGCCCACGGCUGACUUCCAAGGCGGCGGGACGACCGAAGGAUAUUUUCUUCCAGGGGCUGAGGACGACCUGACGCUCCGUGCUGCGCUCUAUGGCCUGCUCUUCCACAGCCACGCCGACCAGGACGACUGGGAGGGUGGCCUCAAGGUGCUGGACGAGGCCGUGCAGGUGCUGCCAAGGACAGCCCACCGCCUCUUGAUCUUCAAGCACAUGGUCAUCGUGAAGGCCAAGCUCGGGCAGAAUUUCUCGAUGGAAAUACAGAAAUUCAAGGCCGAGAGUGAGGACUACUUGGCGCGCAUGUGGCACCGCCUGGCCCUGAACUCGCCGAGCGUGUCUGGAGAGCUGGCCUGCUACAACAGCGCCAUCCAGGCCUUGCAGAAGCCUGAGACGGAGUGGCAGAAGGUGGAGUACCUCAUGGAGUUCGGCCAGUGGCUCCACCACAGACACUUUCCUCUCGAGGACGUGGUCUUCCACCUCCGCUGGGCCGUCGAGAUCCUGCUGGCCAUGAAGCCGCCCAGCGACGCCCCAGAGGCAGAGCCCACUCCGGACGGGGAGUACAUGGCCAUGCAGAUGCCCCCACAGAGCUCCGUGUCCGAGGCCGGGGAGGUGGUGUCCUUGGAGCAGCUACAUAGCGUGCGGCAGCUGGAGGCGCUGGCCCGUGUGCACAUCCUGCUGGCACUGGUGCUGUCGCCGGGUGCCGAGGGCUACGAGGACUGCUGCCUUGCAGCCUACGCCUUCUUCAGGCACAUCUGGCAGGUUUCCUUGAUGACAGCAGGAAAAUCAGUUCUAGAAAGCGGACCCCUGGCAGCAACCAGCUCACAUCUGUUAUUGCCUAAAAAAGAGAAGGAGAAUGAGAGGAGUAAAGAGAAGGAGAAGGAGAAGGGAAAGGAGGAGAAAAAUGAGAGGAGUAAAGAGAAGGAGAAGGAGAAGGGAAAGGAGGAGAAAGCCAAGGAGCCCAAGCAGUGCCAAAGCCCAGCUCCUAACAAACAACUGGAAGACUUACCCACGAGCAUAGAAGAGUGGGCUUCCUACUCCUGCCCCGAGGAAGUGCUGUCUGUGCUGAAACAGGACAGAAGUGACUCUACUGUUAACCCCUCAAGUAUCCAGAAGCCGACGUACAGUUUGUAUUUCCUGGACCACCUGGUCAAGGCCCUGCAGAAGAUGUGCCUACACGAACUCACGGUCCCCAUCCUGCAGUUGGGGGUGCUGAUUUCGGACUCCGUGGUGGGAUGCAAGGGCCUGGCGGAUCUCUACCACCUUCGCCUCGCCCACGUGUGCUCCGAGCUGCAGCUGAGCGAAGCAGCUGCGCACCAUGAAGAGACGGUCGGGCAGGUGCACGUCAGCGAGCUGGAGCAGGCCAGCUGCAGGAAAGAGAUCGCGUUGAAAAAAGAGAAAAAUAAGGAACCUUUAUUAGAAGAAAGCCUGCCAACACUGAGCGAGCAGACACUUCCCAUCCGGCCUGGGGAGAUCAAACCGCUGGAAGCCAAGGACAAGAUUUUGAAGAUGAAUGGGGAGACCGGGAGGGGCCUGGAUGGGACGUCCUUUCCCCUCCUGUGGAUGCUGAAGGCAGAAGUUCUGCUGGAGAUGAACCUGUACCAGCCUGCACGGCUGCUCCUGUCGGAGGCUCAUCUGGCUUUCCAGGAGCUGGAUGAGCCCUGUGCAGAGGCCCAGUGCCUGCUCCUCCUCGCACAGUUGGCCAACAAGGAGAAAAACUAUGGACAAGCCAAGAAAAUGAUCGCACAGGCCCAGCCCCUGGGCGGAAGUGAGGAGUUCUGGUACAAUUCCACUCUGACCCUGGCAGAGGCUCUCUUGUCCAUGGAACACCCAGGAAGAGAAGCUACGGUGUGUCACAUAUUUCAGAAGCUCAUCAAUGCCUUCAAGAUCCUCAAGAAAGAAAGACCAAACCGACUGCCUUUAUUGGAAUUCAUGAUCACAGAUCUAGAAGCCAGGUGCCUGAGCCUGCGGGUCAGAGUUGCGCAGCAGUCGGCGGUCACUGAAGCCACAGAGUGCUCGCUGCUGCUGAAAGACAUGGACGAUAGCCUGCUGGAAAUUGAGAGAAAGUUUAUCGACUGUGGCUACAAAGAGAAUUGUGUUGAUGUAAAACUAGAGCGUGCGAAGAUCAAGAGGUUACUUGCCCAGAACGAGGAAGAUGAAGAACAAAAAACUGCGUAUUACUUGGAAGCAUAUGGCCUGGCCCAGGGCGCCGUGGUUGAGGAGGAAGGGAGGCUCCUCAGUGUCCAGGGCCUAUUCGGUGUAGCUGAGAGCCCAGGAAGUGAACCAUAUAGAAGACUGCACGCUGUGCAUGCACGCCUGGCCCUUCAGUUGCAGAACAUCAACACGCCGCUAAUGAGGAAGCUGGCGCGCCUCAAGCUCAGCCUCGUGGAGAUGGCUCUGGACAUGCUCCAGUUCAUCUGGGAGGAGGCCCGCGGGCAGCAGAGUGGGCAGGGGUCCCUGGAGAAGCUGCUGGCGGACUAUCUGCAGAACACCAGUGACUGCACUUCCAUCGGGCUGCAAUGGUUCACGCUGAAGCGGACUCUGGCACACGAGGCACUGGCGCAGCUGGGGAGCCUGCAGCCGCUGAGUGUGGGCUGUGUGCAGAUCCGCGCCCGGCUCCUGGGCCUGGCCGGGAGGGCCCUCCACCUGCUGGCCAUGCAAGCCGACCCUGUGCGGCCUGCCUGCUACUGGGAGGAGGGCCCCUCGGUGGGCGCCAAGCUGAGCGGCCUCAAGUCUCUGGAGCUGGAGGUCGAGGAAGAGGGUGCCACAAAGUCCAGCAGGGACCCGCUGGCCUCCAGGGCGGCCCCAGAGGAGCACGGCAGGAGAGGCGAGGACCUGAAGGGGAGGAUGGUUCUGGCCCAGCAGUACCUGGCUCAGGCAUCAGAGGUGCUGCUGCAGUGCCUACAGGUGGCCCUUGGCAGUGGCCUCCUGGAUGUCGCAGCAGCCGCCAGCCUGGAGAUGGUGGAAUGCGUCGGCACCCUGGACGCUGCAACUACCUGCCAGUUCCUGGCUCUGUCUCAGAGCUGCUCGGCCUCGGAGACAAUGAGGGAUGUCCUGCUUGCAGCCACGGCCAACACCAGCAGCUCACAGCUGGCGGCCCUGCUGCAGCUACAGCACCGGCUCCGGUGCCAGGACAGGACCACCACCAGCCUGGGUGCCAGUGUGGAGCAGAGGCUGGCUGCCGUGUCCAAGGCUUGGCAAAAUCUCUGCGUCACUGAACAGCACUUUAACCUCUUGAAUGAGAUGCCUCCUACCUUUCGGGUCCUCUUUCUGCACCUCUCACGGGACAGGUCCUGUCUAUACGGUGCUGCCUAUGAGAAACCCAAGUUCAUUACUGCAGCCAAAGGAAAGGUGCAGCCGGUGGGAGGCUUCUGCAAGGUGAUGCGUCUGGCCAUGAGUCCCACCGCCUUCUCCCACCUGCUGGCCUGUGCCCAGCAGUUCCGGAAGCAGACCCAGGCCCAGGUGUACAGCGAGGACAUGGCCCUGAACGCAGGCUCGGAGCCAGAAGGCCUCCAGGUGGAAGAGAAGGAGUGCCCUGUGCAGAGGCUCAGCAGCAUCCUGGGGCCCCUGGAGGAGCUUCUGCAGCCGCUCUUCCCCCUGCUCAGCCUCUCCGAGGCCAGAGUGCAGAUGCCCGUGGUCGUUGCUGAUUCAGGGAAGUCGAAGGGCAAAGACAAGGAGAGGAAAAUGUCCACAGGACAACACAACACAGUCCAGCCCGAGGUUGUGGAUAAGAUCAUCCUGGUCGCAGACAGACCUCUCCUGGAGCUGCCACUGGAAGGCCUCUCUGUGUUUGAUGAAGGGACAAUUUCCUCUGUGUCACGAGAAUUUUCUCUUCAGAUGUUGUGGAAUCGCCUCCAUAAAGAAGAGCCAGAAGGUGGCGUGAAAAAGGAGGGGAGAAGCAGAGACCCCAAAAAGAGAAGCCUAGUGAAGAAGGGCAGGAAGGGCAGCGUCCCCCGGACCAUCCCCGCUGACUGCAUCACAGUCGACUCCGACAACUUCAAGUUCAUCGUGGACCCAUACGAGGAGGCCCAGGGCCCAGAAAUGCUGACUCCUGUCUCCGUCACCCAAGACAUUUUGGAAAGAUUCCAAGACACAUUCACUUCGCGAUGGGUGGGACAUCUGGGAAGCAAGCACUUUCCCAGCCAGGCCCAGUGGGAGCAGGCCCUGGGCAGCUGCAACGGCUUCUUCUUCUAUGGGAUGGAGAGCUUCCUGUCCCAUAUAUUAGUGGAGAGAUUGGUCGCCAUGAACUUGCAAGAGUGCCAGGUGGCGGUCCUGCUGGACCUGGCGCGGUCCUACCAGAGCUUGAGGCGGCACAUGGAGACCGUGGAGCACAGGAGAUCUGUUGGCCGUCGGGAAGCCGGUUGGAGAAACGGUGCGCCUCCUUCAGAAGAUGACUGGCGAAGAGGCCGUGAACCAAGACGAGGCUUCUCAGACCUUGAAGGACAAGCUGCCGCUGCUCCAGAGCGCCGAGCUCCUUCCCACCACGCUCAACUUGGUCCUGUACGGGCUGCCGCACCACGCCAUUGGCUAGCACAAGCCUGGACCUGCCUCCCGUCAGCUGCUGUGGCCCUAGCACCUGCCUCUGCCCUUGGCUCUGCCCCUCUGCCAACCCAUCCCCACCUCCUGGCUCCCAUCCCCAGCUCCCAGCUCUCUCUCCCCUUCCUGGGCCUCUCCCCAGCCCUCGGUGCAGCCUCAGCCAGAGAUCCUUCCCCAGUGACUUCCGGCAAAACCGCCUUUCCCUGGGGUGAGGCACCCCCGGCAGGGCCUCCAGGUGCCCGGUGCACGGCUCAGAGCCCCAGCAGACAGAGCCUCUCAGCGCUGCACCGGGCACUAGUGCUGAGUUGCUCAGACCAGAAGGCUGUUUGGACUGUGAGCCUGUUUGUGAUCUGAGUGUUUCAGUGAACAACAAAAGCCA